AUGGAGUUUUUCUACAUUAACUCCUCCGCCCUCUACAUUCACAAGCCAGCGGACAACUCCACGGUCGGUGCGGGCGAAAUGACCGUGUACGCAAGGUGCAGGGCCAUGCCUGAGGUCCUCCUCUUCUACCUGGCCCUGCAGUUCAUCAACAUGUUUCUGGGGAUCCCCGCCAACCUGAUGGUCCUGUGGCUCCUUCACAAGAACAAGGCGGACUCCUCCACCUCAGACAUCUUCAUCAUGCACCUGGCCAUCCUGGACACCUUCUUCUGCCUCAUCCCUCCCCUGGAGCUGGCCAACAUCGUGUACCUGACCACCAGCAGCACCUGGUACGUGCUGCGCUUCUUCUACGGCGUCAAGGACUCCUCGCCCCUCUUCCUCUCCUGCAUCUGCCUGGACCGCUACAUGGCGGUCCGCCACCCGGUCAUCUUCACGCAGCUGAAAGACCGCCGGCACCGGGCCGUCUGCGCCGGCGUGGUCUGGCUCGUCACCCUGGCCUACGCUGCCGCCAAGUGCGUGGGCAACAUCGUCAACUUCGAGAAGGCCUUCACCGUCAUGAUCCUCAGCGCCUUCGCCUUCAUGGUCUUCUGCAACCUGGCCAUCCUCGGCGCCCUCCGCCAGUCAGGCCCGGGCCGUGACGAGGCGCACCCCGUCAAGAAGAAGGCCUUCAAGAUGGUCCUCAUCAUCCUCGCCAUCAUCGUCUUCAACUACUUCCCGCCGGUGGCCCUCUUCCCCUUCCAGGAGUACUUCUCCCGCGACGUCUUCCGCUGCUACAUCCAUUACAUCGCCUUUGGCUUCAUGGACAUCAGCAGCAGCAUCCAGCCCGUGCUCUACCUGUCCCGGGAGCGGAUCCCCUGCUGCUGCUGCGGCAGGCCGUGCUGCGCUGAAACCGCCGCCGGCCCGAGCUGA